AUGGAGGCGGGGGCGUCCGGCCGGGGAGGAGCACGCCGCGCUGACCCACGGAAGACGGGCAAGGCAGCAGAGCCGGCGGUCAACGACUCGAUCUCGGAGUCCUCGGCGGUGGCUUCGGUCCCGAGUCCGCACCCGGCCAAGGCAGAGAAGGCGGCUCUACCCUCCUCGUGUGUGCGAGAGGAUCUCCUCCCACCCAAGCCCAACUACCGCCGCCGGCCUCACCGCCAACCCCACUUCCCGGCCUUAUCAGCCCCCGUUUCCGGCUACGAAUUUCGGCAGACGACGGAACUACAAGUCCCGACAGCGCCCGCGCCCGCCCCGCUGCGGUUUUCCCAGGGGCCGACGGGAGUCGGAGUUCAGGAACCCGGGCGCAACCGGAAGCGGCAGGGAGCUCCCGGCAGGCAGCGCGAGGAGGCGGAGCUCCAGAUGGCUCAGCCGUGCUUCCAGAAUGAGUAUUUUGACAGUCUGCUGCAUGCUUGCAAACCCUGUCACCUUCGCUGUUCCAACACCCCUCCUGUGACAUGUCAGCGGUACUGUGACACAAGCACAAGGAGUUCUGUGAAAGGAACAAGUGCAGUUCACUGGACGUGUUUGGGCCUGAGCGUGGUGGUCUCUUUGGUAGUUUUCACAGUCCUCUUCCUGCUCAGGAAGGUGAGCUCACAGUCACUGAAGGAUGGAUUUCAGAGCACAGGAUCGGCUCUGCUGGACAUGUCCAAUGCUGACCAGGACCCCAGCAAGACUGAAGAUGAAAUGAUUCUUCCUAGGGGGUACACGGUCGAAGAGUGCACCUGCGAAGACUGUGUCAAGAACAAGGGAAAUGUCGAUUCUGACCACUUCUUUCCGCUCCCAGCCAUGGAGGAGGGGGCGACCAUUCUUGUCACCACUAAAACCAAUGACUACUGCAAGAGUGUGCCAGCUGCUCCGGAAAGUGUCACAACAGGGACAGAUGGGACAGAGAAAUCAAUUUCUCCUAAUUGA